AUGUCCAACAUUGUGCCUGAGUCCGACCACGACGACGACCAAAGUGCGAUUCUUCGUCAGGCUGCAUACUACCAGAGCCGGUUUCCAGUCAAUUUCCCCUACAGAGACAACGUUUCCGACGAAGACUCCGACAGGACAUCAAACCAGCGCUAUGCGCCGAGCUCCUCUUACGAUCUCGAACCUCCGCCUUUAUUGUUGGUGGAGACAGCCAUGGACAAUGAGGAAAGCCUGACCGGCAGUCCGACGCUUGAUUGGGUGUGCGGUUUUAUGGAUAAUUCUUUGAACGCAAUCGAUUACUUAAUGCCAGAGCAAGUUCGGGAGGUGGUGCGCUUCGUGCUGGACCAUGUGUGGGCAUUCUGGUGUGGCGUUGAUGACAGAGAGGGCUUUUUAGUCUAA